CAAACACACACCCACACACACACACACACACACACACACACACACACCCAGAGGCGUGUGUUUCUAUUCUCAGGAAAUGAAAGUGAAACAGAUGAUUUGUCUGCAGCUGAUUUUCCUGUUCUUCCACUGAGCGAAAACAGCCGUAACCUCUGAACAGAUAAUAUGGCCUCAGCCAACAUUUCCCCAUCCGAAGAGCAAUUUUUGUGCUCAAUCUGUCUGGAUGUUUUCAAUGAGCCCGUCUCCACUCCCUGCGGACACAACUACUGCAAGGGCUGCAUCACAAGCUACUGGUCUUCCAGAAACUGCAGUGAGUGUCCACUGUGCAAGGAGAAUUUCCACAAUGUCCCCGAGCUGCAAGUCAACACAGAGCUCAGAGACAUGGUGGAGCUUUUCAAGAUGAAGAAAGUUGCAGGUGAUGACAGUAGUUCCACUGCUGGGCCCGGGGAUGUGCCCUGUGAUGUCUGCCAUGGGAUAAAGCGUAAGGCUGUGAAAUCCUGCCUGACCUGUUUGGUGUCUUACUGCAGUGCUCACCUGGAGCCACAUCACACUCAGGCCUUCAAGUGGCACGAGCUGAUCAACCCUGUGAAGACCCUCGAGGACAGAGUGUGCAAGAAACACAACAAGGUGAUGGAGUUUUACUGCAAGAAAGACCAGAGCUGUGUUUGCCUCAUGUGCUUGAGGGACGACCAUGUGAUGCAUAGCGCCAUCUCUUUAGAGGAGGAGUUUAAGGAGAGGAAAACUAUGCUGAAGUUUGUGAAAAGGCAAGUUAAGCACACUGUGAGCGAGAAAUGCAACACGACCAAGAGGAUUCAAAACUCAAUGAAGCAAGGUCGGCAGGAAGUGGAGAAAGUGAAGGUGGAAACUGUCAAAGCCUUUGCUGUUCUGUCGGCCUCGAUUGAAACCAAAAAGGUGAAGCUGAUUGAGCUGUUGGAGGAGAAGCAGAAAGCAGCAGAGCAGCAUGCCGAAGCACUCAUCAGACAACUACAGCUGGAGAUUGCAGAGAACCAUCAGAUGAGUACCAAGCUGGAGGAGCUUUCAUCAAACGAGGACAACUUUAGACUCCUCCAGGACCUCCCAUCUUUCUCCCCACCUUCAAACACAACACACCGCAUUACAGAAAGAGUCCAACGCUUCCUGCAGGCAGAGACAUUGUGGAGUGUGAUAGCCAAGAUGGAGGACAUGCUGAAUGAACAGAUGGAGAACGUUAUCCAGGCAGUCAAUCUGGUGGAUAAAGACGAGACAGUUGAGGAAUCGAUGAAAACCCAAACAGUGAAUGCAUUUGACGAUGAGCUUGGGAAAAUCCAGGAGCAAUACGCAAUAGAAGUGUCUCUGGACCCUGACACAGCACACCCCUCCCUAAUUGUCUCUGGGGACAGGAAACAAGUGAGAGAUGGAAGCACCAAGAGGAGAGUCCCUGACAACCCCACAAGGUUUGACUCGUUCCAUUUUGUCCUUGGAAAUGAGGGGUUUUCCUCCGGCAAGUUUUACUAUGAAGUAACGCUCACAGGGCAAACAGGAUGGGAAGUCGGAGUGGCAAGAGAGUCAGUCAACAGGAAGGGUGCUGGUUUGUCCCUCAGCCCUGAAAACGGAUGCUGGACACUGGGGUCCUAUUGGGGAAACUGCCAGGCUAAUGCAAAUCCUCCUGUCAAGCUUUCCUUGUCUCAACAGCCCCAGAACCUUGGGGUGUUUGUGGAUUAUGAAGGAGGGUUGGUUUCUUUCUACGACGUGGAUACAAGGGCUGUGAUCUACUCCUUUACAGGAUGUGCCUUUACAGCAAGUGGGACAUUUCUGGGUAAUUUAUUAGCAUUCAGGGUUUACAACUCAGGAAAGACCAGGAUCUACCCGUUAUUCCGACCCAGUGCUGAGUGGAGUGACUCUGCUCCUCUACAGAUCACUCCUGUCAGAUGCACAAAAGGAAAGUAGUGAUCAGUUCAGUUUGUAAAACUAAAACCCUGCCUGACUAAUAAUGGCAGAGGUUGUUGGUGAAUGUGUGUCCAAAAUAUGUCAUCAUUACAACAGUGUAUAUCAGCUCCUCAGUAAGCUGGGGCAUAUUUUUGCCAACCAAAUCGCCGGAUUUGGUUGGUACAACACCAUGGUGGCAUUACAAUGCCAUACAAUGCCCUGUUAGUAUUGUACAUUUCUGUAAACCUCAGAUAUGUUACAUUUGUGUGUUAUUAUGUAGCAGAUAUGAUAUCGCUGUGUUAAAUAGGUUUAGGCACAAAAACCACUUGGGGUUAGGAAAAUAUCAUGCUUUGGCUUAAAAUACCAAAUUAAGGGGUACAAGUCUGCUGGAAAAGCAGUGAUGUCUCAGUUAGAAACAACCACUUUUCAUAGCACUAUCCCAGCAGGAAACACAGUGAUGUCUUAAUAAAACAACAACAAAGACUUUUCCAUGGCACUUUCCCCAGUGAAAAAACAGUGACGAGUUGCCUAAAACCACUCAUAUUUUGUGACUAAAAAGCUGCUGGAAAACCAGCAACAGGUCACAAAAAAACAGCAACAAUAACAAGAAAACAUGUUAAGUGGCCAAAAAGAUCCUGAAAAAACAGCAAUGGGUCACUACCAAAAAAAAAAAAGUUUGGUGGCUGAAAAGAUGCUGAAAAAACAGUGACGAGUUGCUACAAAAACAACAACAACAACAACAACAGCAACAACAAAAGUUUUGCGACUAAAAGACCACUGGCAAAACAACGACAAAUUGCAAAAAAACAACAACAAACAAAUAAAAACAUGUUUGCUGGGCUAAAAAGAUGCUGGAAAAACAGUGACGAGUUGCUACAAAAACAACAACAACAACAACAGAAGUUUUGCGACUAAAAGGCCACUGGCAAAACAACUACAAACUACAAAAAAACAAAUAAACAAAAACAUGUUUGCUGUGCUAAAAAGAUGCUGGAUAGACAGUGACAAGUUACUACGAAAAGAACAACAAAAGUUUUGCGACUAAAAGGCCACUGGCAAAACAACGAGAAAUCACAAAAAAAACAACUAACAAAAACAUGUUUGCUGGGCUAAAAAGAUGCUGGAAAAACAGUGACAAGUUGCAACAAAAAAAUAACAACAACAACAAAAGUUUUGCAACUAAAAGGCCACUGGCAAAACAAUGACAAAUUGCAAAAAAACAAACAAACAAAAACAUGUUUGCUGGGCUGAAAAGAUGCUGGAAAAACAGUGACAAGUUGCUACAAAAAAACAACAACAACAACAACAACAAAAGUUUUGCAACUAAAAGGCCACUGGCAAAACAACGACAAAUCGCAAAAAAAAAAGAAUAAAGAAAAAAACAUGUUUGCUGGUUCAAAAGAUGCUGGAUAAACAGCAAUGGGUCACUACCAAAAAAGCCUUGGGACAAGCUGCGAGGGGUUGCUACAAAAACAAUACAAAACAAAUAUUUGUGACUAAAAGGCCGCUGGAAAAACAGUGAAGGGUCACAAAAAAACGUUUAAUGGCAACAAAAGAUGCUGGAAAAACAGUGAUGGAUCGGAAAAGAAAAAAAAGUUUGGUGGCAUAAUAGCAGCUGGAAAAACAGUGACAGGUUGCUACAAAAAAAGAAAAAAAGUUGCACAGCUAAAAGGCUGCUCUAAAAUUAGCCAUAGGUUGCCAAAACAACAUAUUUGGUGGCAACAAAGCUGCUAGAAAAACCGCUAGGAGAAACUGAAACACAGCCACUUUUGUUGUUGUUGGUCUUGAACGGUGGUCUACAGCUCAGCAGGCAUCUCGCCUAAGUGUCACACAAUCCACUAUCUCCACCUCCUGAUCUCCUGAUGACAGUCAGCUCAUGUACUACGUCACUUUAGAGAUGUUGAUAUGAUAGCCUACAUGUAAAACAUACAAAUCUAACAUUUCUAUGGUUUGCAGAAACGUACAAUGUCAACAUUUUCUUUUGCAGACUUGGCUGAUUUUUACAGGGGUUUCUUGUCUUUUACAUGGUUUGCAAGGUUUUUAGGCAACAGUUGCUGUCACAUUAUGGAUUUAACUAACCAACAAACAGACAAAAAACUUCUAGAGUUGGUGCCUGAACACCUUUAGGGAACAACUGUAAUGAAAACGAUAACCUUAGGAUGACGUCUGCUGGGCAGUGCAGCCUCAGGUGUCAAGUAGUCAAACAGCUGGUGAGAUUCACAGCUGGCCUUUUAAUUUCUUCAAAUAGCUGAGCAUUAUAACUGCUAAUAUUAUGUGGGAUAAAUAUAUUAAAGAGUAUUAUAGUCAUAGAGUAUCAGACAAGAUGAGAAAUGAAGAGCUCCUGGUCAUGUUUACCUGACUGUACAGAAAAUACAAAUUUCAUUGAGACUGACUGUAGCACUAACCCAGUCAGCUUUGGAAGUGGUCACCAAGCGGUUAGUGUGUAUAUAUCCAUGUGUGUACAGUACUCUCUGGUGGCCAAGGUGUGUAAUGUCAUCCUUGACAUCUUUUGAAAUGGGUGUGAUUAUACCCUGUGACCACUGGGGGGCGGUGUAGACAGAUGAUUUUAAAUGGCAGUCAGCUGUAAAAUGCGUAAAGGCUGACACAAGAAUAUUUGUACAGUUUGUUCAUAUAUAUAUUUAAAUUAGAAAAGAGUAGAUGCAAACAAAUAUUGCAAGAUAAAGAGACAGUGGUGUGAUUAAUAACAGCAGUCAGUAGGUCUAACUUCACAGUGCACACCAGACUGAUGAUGUGAUUAAGUAAUGGUGUUUCAAAUAUGUCUGAAUUAGGAUAGCGAUAUAAAUAUCCCUUGAACGGUCCCUGCUCCUGGGUGGCACAGUCCGUUGACAGGCACUUCAUAUCAUGACAAAUAUUGAAGAUGGGGAUGGGUCAGCGACUCAUGGAGCUUCAUGCCAUCAUUCAAAAAUAUACUGAUCAUUUGUAUAAAUCCAGAAUGACGCUGUCAAAGACAUUAACCAUUAUGUACAUGCUGUUGCUGUUUCUUCAUGUUUAUUAUACUUUAGGGGGGAUUUUGUUUUAGAAAAUUGGUUUGAAGGAUAAUUUUAACAUGUUCUGUUUGUAAAUUAAUGAAUUGCAUUUUUAAAACUGUGAUUAUCAGGCCUUGAAUGUCUGUAUACUGGAGGAUACAUUGCCCCGGUCACAGAUAUGCUCGUGUUUUAAGGCCUAUUCUCUACAGAUAAUCAAUAAUAUAAAGGUGUGAAACUUAUUGUAUUGCUCCCUGACAGUUCAGAUUGAGAGGAGGGAACUAGUGAGGAAGAUGAGGAUUGCAAUGAAUGGUAGCUCCUGUGAGGAGAGAGCAAAGCAGAGUGAAUGAGGGAAGAUAGAAGAACUGAAAAUGUUUCUGUAAAAGAUGUGGUGGUUUCAUUGUACAUAUUUCAUUGUAUGUGUGUGUCUGCAAUAAUACCUGAUCAACCCUUGUAUUUCUAUCUCUCUUUCUCUCUCUAUCACUCCCACACACACAACAUGAAAGAAAGUAGAUAAUUAAUUGGUUAUAAAAUGUUUUCAAAGUAUGCACAUGACAUAUUUAAAGAGGUGGGAAAAUGUUUACUCUAAAUGGCUGAUAUGUCUCAGGAGAUACAAUUUCAUAAUUUGGAAAAUAAA